GGGAGGCGGGCGCACGUCGAUGGCGUCACCUUCCGGCGCCGCCGCUUGGUUUCCCUGGCAACUGGAGCAAUCUGGGAGCCGCAGCGAGGGAGAUGCUGGCGAGGAGGCAACGCGAUCCUCUCCAGGCGCUGCGGCGCCGCAAUCAGGAGCUGAAGCAACAGGUUGAUAGUUUGCUUUCUGAGAGCCAACUGAAAGAAGAAGUCCUAGAACCCAAUAAAAGACAAGAUAUUUACCAAAGAUGUAUCCAGUUAAAGCAGGCAAUAGAUGAAAAUAAAAAUGCUCUUCAAAAAUUAAGCAAAGCUGAUGAAUCUGCACCUGUUGCAAACUAUAACCAGAGAAAAGAAGAGGAGCAUACUCUUUUGGACAAGCUUACCCAACAACUGCAGGGCCUUGCUGUGACAAUAAGUAGAAAAAAUAUAACCGAAGUUGAGGCACCUACUGAACAAGAGGAAGAAAGUGAAAGUGAAGAAAGUGAAGACAGUGGUGAGGAGGAAGAAGAUGCAGAGGAGGAAGAGGAAGAGAAAGAGGAAAAUGAAUAUCACAAACAGUCAACCAGUGAAGAAUACAUCGCUGUUGGAGAUUUCACUGCUCAGCAAGCUGGAGAUCUUACAUUUAAGAAAGGGGAAAUUCUCCUUGUAAUUGAAAAAAAACCUGAUGGUUGGUGGAUAGCUAAGGAUGCCAAAGGAAAUGAAGGUCUCGUUCCCAGAACCUACCUAGAGCCGUAUGGUGAAGAAGAAGAAGAAGGCCAAGAAUCAGUUGAAGAGGGCAGUGAAGAAGAUGUAGAGGUGGUGGAUGAAACAGCAGAUGGAGCAGAAGUUAAGCAAAGAACUGAUUCCCGCCGGAGUGCUGUUCAAAAAGCGAUCUCAGAGCAGAUAAACACUGUUGAUGUGUUAACCACGAUGGGAGCUAUUCCUGCAGGGUUCAGGCCUUCCACACUCUCGCAGCUUCUGGAGGAAGGGAAUCAAUUUCGAGCAAGUUACUUCCUACAACCAGAGCUCAUGCCUUCACAACUGGCCUUCAGAGAUCUGAUGUGGGAUGCUGCAGAAGGCACUAUUAGAUCAAGACCAAGUCGUAUUUCAUUGAUUCUGACAUUAUGGAGCUGUAAAAUGAUUCCUCUUCCAGGAAUGAGCAUACAGGUUCUCAGCAGACAUGUACGCCUCUGUCUAUUUGAUGGUAAUAAGGUUCUGAGCAACAUUCAUACAGUCAGAGCCACAUGGCAAUCUAAAAAGCCCCAAACAUGGACCUUUUCUUCCCAGGUUAGUCGCAUCUUGCCAUGUUUGCUUGAUGGUGAUUGCUUUAUCAGGUCCAAUUCUGCAUCUCCAGAUAUUGGAAUAUUAUUUGAACUUGGAAUUUCUUAUAUUCGCAAUUCAACUGGAGAAAGAGGAGAGUUAAGUUGUGGCUGGGUGUUUCUUAAACUUUUUGAUGCCAGUGGAGUUCCUAUUCCAGCAAAAACUUAUGUGCUUUUCUUGAAUGGUGGUACUCCUUAUGAAAAAGGUGUUGACGUGGACCCUUCAGUAUCCAGAAGAGCACAUGGCAGUGUUUUCUACCAGAUGAUGGCAAUGAGAAGGCAGCCUCAACUUCUACUGAAACUGAGAUCCUUGAACAGAAGAUCCAGAAAUGUACUAAGUCUACUGCCAGAAACAUUAAUUGGAAGUAUGUGUUCUGUUCACUUGUUGAUAUUUUAUCGACAAAUUCUUGGAGAUGUGCUCCUGAAAGACAGGAUGAGCUUACAAAGUACUGAGAAACCAAACUCAACCAAAAUAGCUGGUCCUUACUGCAUGAAGUAUUUAAUUAGCCAUCCCAUGCUGGCCACCUUCCCCAUGCUCUUGGAGCAGCCUGACGUGAUGGAUGCCCUCAGGAGUUCAUGGGCUGAAAAAGAAAGUAUGUUAAAAAGAUCAGAGAAGAGAGACAAAGAGUUCCUGAAGUCCACGUUUCUCCUGGUUUACCAUGACUGCGUGCUCCCACUUCUCCACUCCACACGCCUACCCCCAUUCAGGUGGGCAGACGAAGAGUCUGAGACUGCACGAGGGAAAGUUAUCACUGACUUCCUUAAGCAAAACCAAGAAAACCAGGGUGCCCUCCAAGCUCUGCUGUCGCCAGACGGAAUUCAUGAACCUUUUGACCUUUCAGAGCAGACCUAUGACUUCUUGGGUGAAAUGAGAAAGAAUGCAGUGUGACAGUGGCAGCCUCUAGCCCUCAGCUUCCCACGGAAUCAGAUGGAUCCUCCACGAUUACGUGAAUAAAAUGAUGGAACCAAAAA